AUGAUCGAAGCAAUGGACGGCUUUGAUCGAAUCCCGGACUCCUUGAUUCUCAUCAUCUUCAACUCAAUCGCCGACAUCAAGACACUAAUCCGUUGCCGUGCCGUUUCGAAACGUUUCAAUACACUCGUUCCCCAAGCCGAAUCCCUCUCUCUCAAAGUCGACUGUGUAAUCUCACCCGAGUCGGACUCUGACUCAGUCUUCACUUUCUUCAAAUCUCUUUUCAAAUCCAUCCACGAUCUCUUCAAAACCGAACCCAAACCCACAACCCGAAACCAAAUCCAGAACUCCCCCGCCCGAAUCCUCUCCCAGUUCGAACGGAUCCGUGAGCUCCAAAUCGAACUGCCAACUGGCGACUUGAAAUUAGAGAAAGGAGCCUUUAUCAAAUGGAGAGCUGAAUUCGGCAAGUCGUUAAAAAGCUGCGUUAUACUCGGGUUUAGUGGCGUAGCAAAUCCCGAGGGAAAUAAUGCUGACGUGGAAAUUGAUUUUACGGGAGGGUUAAAGACAAGGGUUGUGUGGACAAUAAGUGCGUUGAUUGCGGCAUCGGCGAGGCAUUAUCUUUUACACGACGUCGUUAAGGAGCAUAGGGAGAUGGAGAAGUUGGUCUUGGUGGACAGGGAAGGGGAGGGGACGGUGGCGAUGGAGAAGGAAGGGUUGAAGGAGUGUCGGGAGGCGGCGCGUGGGGUGGCGGCCCGUGGAGGUGCGUUGGAGGAGGAGGGGAGGAGGACGAUUGUGCCAAGUGUGAGAAUGAGGAUGAGGCACGAGCAAAGAGUACAGUUGAAGGAUGGAGUUUGGGUGGAAGGUGUGACAUUGGUGGUGGUCAGGCCUUGUAACGGCGGUGCAGACGGCGGUGGGGAUGUGGAGGAUGCUGGGUUGGCAUUAGGUGCGUUUGGUGGUGGGAUUUAUGGAGAAGCUGUACAGUUUGAUAUUCCACUCUAUAGCAGGGUUGGCCUUGGUGUGGGAGUGGAUACCCUUCGAGUAGACAUAGAGAUGGAUGAGGAUGCUUAA